AUGACCUCCGUCUGCCCAGCACCUAAUUCCCCGCCCGAAUUAUCCGGGUCCAAAUCUUCCAAAUCCUCCUCCUUCCAUUCCUCGCAAAUCGGCGGUGCCGAUGGCAUCUUUUCGGAUAUCUCCAAUUUCGAGGAAAUCGGUCUGGAGGACGAUGCGGAGCUCAAGCUUGCCGAUCCAUCCACCCCUUAUGCUCGCCCCGGCUUGACUGGACGGUCGCCUGCCGCCAGAUUGCCCUCCAAGAAUCCAGCAACAACGACACGCGAUUUGACCGCGACUCCUAAGCCUCGAAAGCGAAGUCCCCUUCCUCCGAUACACAACCAAAUAAAUGGAGCUAUCCGCGCUCCGAGCGCCUUGUCGGCGCGAUCUCCCAACAGGAGGGACUCCGUUACCUCCCAAAACUCGGGAGGAUUGACUCCCUCUCAGCCUCGAAGGUCACGAUCAGUAUCCCCGUUACGACCAACAUCCAGCCGAUCCACCUCAAGUACCUCUCUCGCCCUAUCUCCGUUAUCUGCACGCGCACCUAUCCAGAAGCAAACUUGGCAGCCUAAUCGCAAGUCCUUGAAGGAUCUCGAAGAGGAAUAUCAUGACUCGGAUGAUGAGCUUCCCGAUGAUGCCAGCUUAUGGAAUAUUCCGAUUUCUCCUCGCCCCGUCUCAGAUCGUCCCAAAUCUCGUGGCACGAGUCCGAGUGGCCGUAGUCCCGGCCCAAGGCCGUUGCCGAUAUCCCAUACCAUAUCUGAAACACCCACCGAAAACCCGGCUGCCAAUGCCUCCAAAGCAGCUCGCAUGAGAAGAGCCCCGCAGCGAUCCAGCUCUGCUGGUCCUGAACGGGGUCAAUUAUCGCCUCGCAACCCUCGCGCGUAUUCAUACAACAGUUAUCUGUCCGACCUGUCAGAGGAGGCCAGGAUCAUCACGGAAGCUCUGGAGCACCAUGCUGAUGAGAAUGGCCGUAAAAGAGAGGAUGCAGUACAAAAUGGCGGUCCGCGUGGACCUAGUACAGAGUCUCCGCGAGUCUCAGAAACUAUCGAGCUGCCCCCGCUGCAAAAAUCUAAUAUAAUGAUCGAUCCUUUACCUAUCAGCAAGGAGAAAGAGAAGGUUCUCACGAGGACACGUCCAAGUUGGUUACCACCCAAGGAUCAAAAAGAGGAGAAAAAGCAUUUGAAGGAGUAUCAGCAGAUGAUGGCCCAAUCAAAGGAAACCGACAAACGGAAAGCUGCGCGAGCUGCGUCCGCUCAGUGUGAAAAGGACUCCACGCGAGACACUCUCCAAAGCAUCUGGGAUGAGUUUGUAAGCCCCAACUGGGAUCGGGCCCUGCGUGAACCUCGUACUCGGGAACUUUGGUGGCGUGGUAUUCCACCCCGCAACAGGGGAGCUAUGUGGAAGCGUGCUCUGGGUAACGAGUUAUCCUUGACCGAUGAAUCGUUUACAAAGGCACUUCAACGAGCCAAGGACUUACGGUCUAAAACCGAGAAGGAACCUAGUGAAAGCAACAAGCGAAUGCUUGAAUGUUUUGAUGCGAUCGAGAAGGAUGUGUCACUGGCGUUCCCAGAUUUGAAUCUCUUCCAAGAGGGCGGGCCGUUACGUGACACUCUUAUCGAUGUGCUGCAGGCAUAUUCGAUGUACCGCAGUGAUGUGGGAUACAUCCAUGGCCUUCAUAGCAUUGCGGCUCUACUUGUUCUCCAAUUCCCGACCCCAAGCUCUGCGUUCGUCGCCAUGGCCAAUGCUCUCAAUCGUCCUCUUCCAGUCGCAUUCCUUACUUGGGACCGUGGUGCCAUGGCACGCACAUAUAGCCUGGCUACGGACACUCUACGUUACAAAUUUCCACGUCUGGCUAUCCACCUUUACGAGACACUCCAAAUGUCAGAUGAAGAAAUCUGGGAACCCAUUUUCCGCACUCUACUCACCAAUGGCUUGGACCUCGAGCGUGUUUCGCGUGUUUGGGAUUGCUGGGUCUUCGAGGGCGAUCGCAUCAUGAUCCGUUCCGCCGUCGCUAUCCUUGGCUGCCUCCAGGCGCAACUCUUCUCUUUCCACCAAACAGAUGACCAAAGUCGACUUUCUGUGCGCAACAUCUUGGGCUGGGGACCUCGCCACGCCGGUGCAAACAACCAGAAGCCCAAAGAUCGACACAGUGCGCCCGCGGCCGCUGGUUUCGGUGGCGGUCAACUCUCGAACCCCGGCGUGGCUGAUUAUUGGAUAUUGACUGCUGCUGGUGACGAGGAUGGUUUCAUAGCCGCUGUACGGGAAGCUGGAAAGGUCCGGAAACAAUAG